AUGUUAUCGUCUUAUAUAUACCUAUUAUUCACACUAAUCUUGCCCAUCCUUGCUGAUCCAUCGAUGGAAGAGUUGGAAGGUACUUGGACAUCGAAAUCAAAUACCGUGUUUACAGGCCCUGGAUUUUAUGACCCUGUCGAUGAGUUGAUAAUUGAGCCAGAUUUGCCUGGUAUCUCUUAUUCGUUCACCAAGGAUGGCCAUUAUGAGGAAGCUCUUUAUCGUAUUACGAGUAAUGCCAAAAACCACUCAUGCCCAGUUGCUUCAAUCACUUACCAGCAUGGAACUUAUGAAAUUCUUAGCAAUGGGUCAGUUGUUUUGACACCUAUAGCAGUCGACGGAAGACAACUAUUAUCGGACCCAUGCAACCAAGACGACCCAUCAAAAUCAACUUAUUCCAGGUAUGUGCAAUCAACAUGGUUCAAAACUUACCAAAAAUACGUUGACCCAUAUCAUGGCAGAUGGAGAUUGCAAAUUUAUCAAUUUGAUGGAUCUGAAAUGCAACCAUUAUAUUUGGCUUAUAAACCACCACUCAUGUUGCCUACGGAAGCGCUUAACCCAACUGAUUCUACUAGUGAAACUGCAUCAACGUUGGGCGAUAGCAGCAGUAGCAGCAGCAAUAGUAAGAGGAAGAGAAGUCUUAUGGAAGUAAGAUCUAACUUGAAGAGAUCUUUGGAAAAUUCCUACCGAACCAACGCCGUCAAGAAAGGACAUGAUGAUGCAUUUGACAAGUAUUGGUGGAUUAGUGUCGGUUGUUUAGGAUUGGCAUCGGGUUUCUUUUUCUUAAAGAAUUGA